GUUGGAGCUGAUGUGUUGCUGAUUCUCCUCCUCUGUCUCCUCUCAGAGGGAGAAGAUGAUCUCCAGGAUCCUGCUGCUCAUCAUCAUCAACUCAUGUCUCUGUGCAGCAACAUUUGUAGUGAAUGUGACACAGAGCUCCUAUCAGGCAGAGGAGAACCACAACAUCACUCUGGAGUGGACCUUCACCACCAGACCUCAGGGAUCCUGGAAAUACCUGUUUAUCUACUGCGACCUAAUCACUGAAAAGAGAAUCUCAGUCCUCUAUCAGGUCAAUGAUGGUGUUGAGGUGUCAGAGUCUCAGGAUGAACAGUUUUCUGGACGAGUCCAGAGUGACAAAGACGUCCUCAGAGAAGGACGAAUCAGACUCCAUGUGUCCAGACUGAGGACUGAAGACUCUGGUCUGUAUGUGUGUGAUGUGAAGACUGAUGGUGGAGUUGACUCUCGAAGAUGUCGACUCAAUGUCUCAGCCGGGAGGAAACAAGCUGAGCCUAAGAGGAAACCUAAAACUCCAACAAAUGGGUGUAAAGGAAGAGUUGGACACUACAAUGGACUGAUAGUAAUACCAGCAGCUCUACUGGCUUUUUCUUGGUUUUUACUUAAAAGCUGUCCGCUAGAAAAACAACAAUUUGAAUUCAAUGAUAACAGGCAACCAAGAGUUCCAAGGAAACAUCACUGGAAGCAGCUUUAUCAAAGAUACAGAAUAAGAGGAAUGUAGAUAUAUACCAUCAACAUAGAAAACUCUCCUUUUAUUAGAUAAUUUUUACUAAGUGAAUAAUUUUACAAUGUAAAUACAGCCUAUAUUUCCAUUUGUACAGAUAAUAUCAUAUAUAGUCAUUUGUUUUUAAAGUGCUUUUUUUUCAAAGGGUAUGAACUGAUAAUGCCACAUGAACAUGUAGACCUUUUGUAGUUAGCAGCGGCUUUGUUAACUACUAGAAAUCUAAAACAGAAUGACGCAGAAAGCACAUAGUUUCCCUCAAAGCUGGUGAGUCCCAUGCUGCUAUUUGCCAGAUAAAUCAGGUAUUAAAUUAAUAAUUGUUUUCAGAUGUUUUAUAGUACAGAGUAAUUGAUCCAGGUGUUUCUUUCUAAAGGAGAAUAAUAUAAGCAGCCUGUGCUUCAUACAGAAGGAACAUUAAGGAAUUAGUAAAACUAUUUUAUAGAGGCUGGAGUUAGAAUAUGUACUAUAACUGUCAGUGAGUGUCAAGCUUAAGUGUUGGUUUGUUAGGACCCAAAUUCAGAGGUAAGGAGGCAGAGGUGAGUUUUGACGACUUAAUAAAUUGUCCAAGGCAAGAGGCAAAAAAAUAUAAUUUUAUUCUGAUAACCAAAAAAACAAGAAAACCUGAAGGAAAACACACAUGGGGAGCAAGAGACGAUGGAGCACCAAAACAACUACAGGAAACCAGUUCUGAGUUCUUCCUCAGUAGAGGAAGUGGCUGAGAGUAGGGUGUUGUCCAAACUCACAUCCAUCAUGGACAACACCUCUCACCCCCUGCACCAGACUGUAGAGGAGCUGAGCAGAUCC